AUGGAAUCAACUCCUGCGUUUUUUCGAUUUUCCGAUUUAUUGAGAAAAACUCAUACCCAAAAUGAACAAAAUGGUGCUAAAGGGAAAGGCAAGGCUGUUGUAGUAGAUCUUGCAACUAAUUUAUUGGAAAAUGUUAAUAAAGCACAAGAGGAAUUACAAUACAAUUUGAUUACAUUUCAACAAAUACUUAACCAAACUCAAGGUCACCAACAAUUUGUGGAAAAUGAGAUUAGAGAAAUUGAAUAUGGAUAUGAUAUUGAUUAUAACAAUCUCCCAAUUUCAUAUUAUUAUGAAGAUUUUCCUGAUAGUGAUUCUGAUGAUACCUGUGAAGCCUGUGAAGAAGUAGUUCAGAAUUUCUAUCCUGAAAAGUUAGAAAAUUUUGACAAGGAUUGGUUAUUAAAACAAUGUGAAUUACAUAAUUCAGCAUUUGGAGGUGCAUUAGAUCCCAUUAAAUUAUGUACCGACAUAUUUACUAUAUUAAGAUCAGACAAAGAUGGUAUGAAAAAAAAAAAUGAAGACGAUGAAAUUCAAACGGAACUUGUUGAUCUUCUUGGAUAUGAAAAUUUCGAAUUUGUCACCACUCUUGUAACAAAGCGAGCAAUAAUUGUUGAUAAUAUACAAAGUCAAUCAGAAUUUCUUCUCGAAAGUCGUGAAAAUCGUGAAAAUCGUUUGGAACUUUCAGAAAAAAAUAGUUACUCAAGUCUAGGUGAACAAAAACGACCUGAAUUUGGUUCUCAAGCUUUUAUUAAAUAUGAAGAUGAAGAAAAAGAAAAAAAAAGAUUACAAAAAGAGUACAAAAAGAAAAGAAAGCAACUUAAUACAGAGAAUCAAUCAGCAAAGAUUUUAGGAUUCGAUACUGAAAAUUUAAAUUUAAUACGAGAGCAACAAUUGCGUGAAACAAAAGAUACUUGUAUACCUCCACAGCGUACAAAAUCGUCAGAUAAAUUUAAGCACAUAUAUGGGAAUACGCAAUCCGGUAGCGUGUUAUCCAUAUUUGGAACCAAAUUCUCUUUACCGGUUGGUUCAAAAAGAGAUGAAUUUCAAGAUUAUGAGGAAAUAACUGUUCCCAUGACAAAAACAACUCCACCUAUAGAAGGAGAACAACUUAUUUAUGUGAAUGAAAUGGAUAAUCUUUGUAAGGGUACUUUUGAGGAUUAUAAAUCAUUAAAUCGAGUUCAAUCAAUCGUAUAUCCGGUUGCUUAUCAAAAAAAUGAUAACUUGUUGAUUUGUGCUCCCACUGGAGCGGGAAAAACUGAUAUAGCGUUACUCGCAAUUCUUCGUACAGUGUAUCAACAUUGUACUCCUACACCUUUGUACAAUUCUGAACCACAGAAUUUUAAUAUCAAAAAAAAUGAUUUUAAGAUUGUAUACAUUGCACCUAUGAAAGCUCUUGCCGCAGAAAUUGUUGGAAAACUUUCAAGAAGAUUGAAAUGGUUAGGAAUUCAAGUUAGAGAAUUAACAGGAGAUAUGCAAUUAACUAAGACCGAAAUUUCUGAAACACAAAUUCUUAUUACUACACCGGAAAAAUGGGAUGUUGUAACUAGAAAGAGUACAGGAGAUGUUGAAUUGACUCAGAAAGUAAAAUUAUUGAUCAUUGACGAAGUUCAUUUACUGCAUGAUGAUCGAGGCUCAGUUCUCGAAAGUCUAGUUGCUCGGACACGUCGUCAGGUCGAAACAAUACAGUCAGUAAUUCGUAUAGUAGGUCUUUCCGCUACUUUGCCAAAUUAUGUUGAUGUUGCUUUGUUUUUAGGAGUAGAUCUCAAUAAUGUAGCUGAAGGGUUAUUUUACUUUGAUGCGGGAUUUAGACCAGUACCCUUGGAACAACAUUAUAUUGGCAUUAAAGGAAAGCCUGGAUCUAUCGUUGCGAAUACCAAAUUGAAUCGCGUUUGUUGGGAGAAAGUUUUAGAAGUCGUCAAAAAAGGAUGUCAAGUAAUGGUAUUCGUUCACGCACGCAAAGAAACUGUUAAGACCGCCAAAGCUUUAAUUGAAUUGGUGAAAGAGGAAGAAUGUGGAGAGUUAUUUGAUGUUUUAACGCAUCCUCAAUAUGAAUCAAAAAUAAGAGAAGUUUCGAAAUCACGAAAUAAUGAAUUAAAAGAACUCUUUAAAUAUUCUUUUGGAAUUCAUCAUGCUGGAAUGGCAAGACCUGAUAGAUCAAUGACCGAACGUUUAUUUGAAAGUGGUUUAAUAAAGGUCUUAUGUUGUACGGCCACUUUAGCAUGGGGUGUCAACUUACCAGCCCACGCCGUAAUUAUCAAAGGCACACAAGUUUAUGACACACAAAAGGGAAAAUUCGUUGACAUAUCGAUUCUUGAUGUUAUGCAAAUUUUCGGUAGAGCAGGUCGCCCUUCGAAAGAAACUCAUGGUGUUGGAUAUAUUUUGGCUUCUCAUGACAAACUAUCUCAUUAUGUAUCAGCUAUGACUCAACAACAUCCCAUAGAAUCAAAAUUUGCUGAAAAUAUAGUUGAUAAUUUAAAUGCGGAAAUUUCAUUAGGCACCGUUUCUUCCAUUGAUGAAGGUGUCUCGUGGUUAGGAUAUACAUAUCUUUUUGUACGCAUGAAAAAAGAACCAUUUGUUUAUGGGAUGUCUCGCGAUGAUCUUAGUAAUGAUCCGGAAUUGGUAUUUCGUCGUCGAGAUUUAAUCAUGAUAGCAGCUAGAAAACUUGCAAAUAAUAAAAUGAUUUCAAUUGAAGAUGAUCAUUAUUUUACAUCUACAAAUUCUGGACGUAUAGCUUCAAAUUAUUAUAUAAAAUAUACGAGUAUAGAAAUUUUCAAUGCGAAUUUGAAAGAUAUGAUGACAGAAGGGGAUAUCUUAACAUUGAUUAGCAAAAGUAGUGAAUUUAAUGAUCUCAAAUCUAGGGAAGAAGAAUCAAAAGAAUUAACGAAUUUAAAGAGUUCUCAUUGCCAUUGUAAUAUGAAGUCCACUCCUGAUUCAACUGAAGGAAAAGUAAAUAUUCUUUUACAAGCGUACCUUUCAAGGGCUAGAAUUGAAGAUUUUGCGUUAGUAUCAGAUUCUGCAUACGUUGCACAAAACGCAACUCGAAUUGCUCGAGCAUUAUUUGAAUUGGCUCUAGAUCGUAACUUGAGUCAUGCAACAUCAAAAUUGUUAGAAAUAUGUAAAUGUAUUGACAAGAGAAUGUGGAUGUUUGAAACUCCCUUAAGUCAAUUUGGUUUGCCCCCUGAGAUCAUAAUGAAUCUUCAAGAAAAGUCACCUAAUAUCGAGUGGAUGAGAGAUAUGCAAUCCGCUGAGUUAGGAGAAUUAGUUCAUAAUAAAAGUAUGGGAUCAACAAUUUCUAGAAUAGUAGAACGAUUUCCGUUACUUAAACUUGAUGCACAAAUUUUCCCCAUUACAAGAAGUAUCUUACGUGUAACACUUUACGUAACACCAGAUUUUGUCUGGCAGGAUAGUAUUCAUGGUUCAGUAGAACCUUGGUGGAUAUUGAUUGAUGAUAAUGAAAAUCCGGAACUUUAUCAUUCCGAGUAUUUCAUUUUGAGAAAAAAACAUUUGGGGGAAACUCAAAAACUUGGUUUUACCAUUGCUGUCCAAGAACCAUUACCAUCUCAAAUAUAUAUUAAAGUUGUAUCUGAUAGAUGGAUUGGUGCAGGAAAUACUCAUCCGGUUUCUUUAAAUAAUAUAGUCUUACCCGAACAUUACAAUGAACAUACUGAAUUAUUGGAUUUAAAACCAAUUCCUGUAUCAAGACUUAAAGAUAAAGUUCUAGAAGAGAUCUGUGCCAAACGAUUUUCUCAUUUUAAUCCAGUACAAACUCAAGUAUUUGAUACUCUUUACAAUUCAUCGAGUAACGCAUUGAUUGGUGCUCCGACAGGUUCUGGUAAAACUGUGAUCGCUGAACUUGCCAUGUGGUGGGCUUUUCGUGAAUUUCCAAAAUCUAAAGUUGUAUAUAUAGCACCAUUGAAAGCUCUCGUGAGAGAACGUGUUGAUGAUUGGAAUUCAAGGUUAACUGAACCAAUGCAAAGAAGAUUGGUGGAGUUAACUGGUGAUGUUACUCCUGACUUGAGAUCAAUUGAAAAUGCUGACAUUAUUAUUACUACUCCCGAAAAAUGGGAUGGUAUUAGUCGUAGUUGGCAACAUAGAAAUUAUGUUAAAUUAGUAUCUCUCGUUAUAAUAGAUGAAAUUCAUUUAUUAGGUGGGGAUCGUGGUCCUACAAUAGAAGCCAUAGUUUCAAGAAUGAAUUAUAUUGGAUCACAAACUGAUAAGAAUAUUCGAAUUGUUGGAUUAUCAACUGCUCUCGCUAAUGCUCAAGAUUUAGCUGAAUGGUUAAAUAUUGAUAAAGACGGACUUUUUAACUUUCGUCAUUCGGUUCGUCCUGUCCCUUUGGAUAUUCAUAUUGAAGGAUUUUCGGGAAAACAUUAUUGUCCUCGUAUGGCAACUAUGAAUAAACCAGCUUUUUCUGCAAUCAUGAGACAUUCUCCUUCAAAACCUGUCAUUGUAUUCGUAUCAUCUCGUCGUCAAACAAGAUUAACGGCACAAGAUUUAAUUACAUAUUGUUGCAUGACAGAAAAUCCGUAUCAUUUCCUGAGGAUGCCUGAAGAAGAAUUACAAAUGCUUUUAACUCAGAUAAAGGAUAGCAGUAUGAAAAUGUCACUCACUUUUGGAAUUGGUUUACAUCAUGCUGGAUUAACCGAAAGUGAUAGAAAAAUUGUGGAAGAACUUUUUUUACAUCAAAAGAUUCAAGUACUUGUUGCAACUAGUACUUUAGCCUGGGGUGUUAAUUUGCCAGCUCAUCUUGUUGUUAUUAAAGGUACCGAAUUUUAUGAUGCAAAAUCUAAAGGAUUCGUUGACUUUCCCUUAACUGAUAUAUUACAAAUGAUGGGAAGAGCAGGUCGUCCACAAUUCGAUACAAGUGGAGUUGCAUGUAUAUUUGUUCAAGAAUCAAAACAGAAUUUCUACAAGAAAUUUUUAUUCGAACCAUUUCCCGUUGAAUCUAGUUUCCAUAUGCAAUUAGAAAAUCAUUUGAAUGCGGAAAUUGUUGCAGAAACUAUUAAAUCAAAAAAAGAUGCAAAGAAUUAUCUUAUUUAUACUUUUCUCUAUCGAAGACUACAAAAGAAUCCUACCUAUUAUGGGACAGAAGAUUAUUCUCCGGAAGCUAAGGAUAAAUUUUUAUCCCAAUUGCUUGAUAAGUCAAUUAACGAACUUCAAAUAUCAGGAUGUAUUGAUACCGAUGAUAAUGAUUGUAUACCAACUUCUUUCGGAAAAAUUGCCUCUGUUUAUUAUCUCUCACAUAAGACUAUCAGAAUAUUUCGUAAUCAGAUUCAUGUUAAUUCUUCGAUUCAAGAUCUUUUGAUUACUCUUUGCGACGCUGAAGAAUAUUCAGAACUUCCCGUUCGCCAUAACGAGGAUUUAAUAAAUAUUGAUUUAGAGAAGAUGCUAAAAUGGCCAGUUCAAAAUCAUCUUCCAUAUGAUAACCCACAUGUAAAAGCGUUUUUGUUACUUCAGGCACGCCUUGGACGUAUUAAAUUGCCCAUCGCUGAUUAUGUAACUGACACAAUGUCAGUAUUAGAUCAAGCAAUUCGAAUUUUACAAGCUAUGAUUGAAUUCACGGUUGAACAAAAAAUGUUGACAACUUCCCUAAAUAUAAUGUCUUUAGUACAAUGUAUUAAACAAGCUCGUUAUCCCAAUGAUUCUUCAUUAACAAUUCUUCCUGGAAUCGAUACAAGUAUGGUUGAUUCGAUCUCAAAUAAGGGACAAAUAAUUAGAUGUAUAGGCGAUUUAUUAGAUUUAUCUGAAAAAGAAUUAAAAGAUAUUUUUAAGAAUGUCAAAAAUAUUCUUGAAUCAGAAAUAAAACAGAUUUGUCAAAUUAUUUCCAAUAUUCCAUCAAUAUACGUUUAUUAUAAUCAAGCUGAUACAACCAAAAAUUCAUUUAUAACUAAACAAGAAUGUAAUUUUGAAAUUGUGUUAGAAAGAAAAAACAUGCCAUCAAAUUAUGAUGGGCGAAUUUAUACACCAAAAUUUCCCAAGGUUCAAUAUGAAUCAUGGUGGCUUAUAUUGGGUGAUGUUAAUACAGAUAAUCUAAUUGAUAUGAAAAGAAUAAAUAUUCGUACGGGACCAAAAGAAGAAAUAACACAAAAAAUUACUAAUAUAUUAAAAUCCGUUGCUCCAGAAAAAGAAGGCAAAUAUAAAUAUGAUGUUUUUCUUAUUAGUGAUGGGUAUAUGGGAAUAGAUCAACAAUAUGAUAUAGAAUUUGUUGUUGAAAAUUUGAAUUAA